AUGCAUAGGAGAGAGCCGGGCCAGCCCAGUCACCAUAUAAAACAGUGGAGUAUUGUGAUAUCCUAUUUCCAUACAUACGAACCAGAGCUCGUUCGCCAGUGGAAGGCCAAUCGCCUUCGCAGGAAGCGAUUUUGGGCUGCAGGUGUGAAUGAUUUAUUUGCCGUUGACCAACACGACAAAUGGCUAAGGUACGGUCUUGGCCUCCAUACUGGCAUCGAGCCAUUCUCAGGGCGCAUUAUGUGGAUGAGAGUCUGGCACUCGAACCGGAACCCACAGCUGAUCCUUAGUUAUUAUCUUGACACACUCGGGACACUAGGGCACAUGCCUAUGGUGACCCAGAGCGACCCUGGGUCUGAAAACUAUGGAAUCGCUAACGCUCACACUAUGCUACGUCAGUGGCACGAUCCUGCCUUGCAGGGUAGCCUACAACACCGCUGGAUGAGGACGAAGAAAAACGUUAUGCCGGAGAUAACGUGGUCACAGAUGUGGUGUCGUUUCACGCCUGGAUUCGAGACACUUCUCGACCAUGGUGUCACUUCCGGUUGGUAUGAUACCAACAACACUCUCCAAUUGUCCAUCCUUCCCCAUGGUGCACCGGACAUCAUCUACCAAUCGCCCAAGAACUUUGGUGUCUUAGACUUUAAAAUCCAAGUCGAACGGGAAGCCUUAGACCACGUCCAUGAUCUCUACAUCGAUCCCUCCCAUAUUGUCUUCGACCUCGUUCCAAAGCCAUUCAGCGAGUUCAUGGAACAUUGCUAUACAGAACUUGGACACCCAUUAGUUACACGGCAGACCACUUGGGAUGUCUACCUGCGCUUACUCGCCAUAGUGGAGGCCAAUGACGAGAUGAUACCACGCCACAUUGAGUUGGAACUAAUAUCUAUUGUAGUUGACCAGCAUUUGCAUGAGCUGGAGAGUCUCGCCCGUGAUGAUGAGCCUGACAUCACACUUGGCAUUGACGAAAGUGUUGUGGGACUGGACCAUGCAGGUUUGGUUGUGUGGGAUUUCUCAGAUGACGACAACUCGGACGUGCCGGACGAAUGGUAA